CCCGCUCUCUCUCUCCUUCACGUGUAGCCAUGCACGAGCGCUAAUCCGACAACCAGCACCAACACCAAAAACAAAAGCGAGGUGGCCGAGUGACCCCUUCUUCCUCUGGACUGGACCCAUCUCGCCAUCCCUCACUCUCCAGUCUCCAUAUCUUCUCUGCUCUCCUGCAUGUUCUUCUAGUGAGAGAUGAGAGUGAGUGGUAGCUAGCACAGGUCGAAGAAGAGAGCAAGAGCAGGGAGGAGGAAGACGACGGAGCAGCAGCUGCUUGCCUUCAGAUGUGCUGCUACGUGGGCAAGGCAACCAAGAUCUUCCUGUGCCUCGUGGCGGCGCUCCUCGUCGCGGGCCUCGUCCUCGGCUUCGGCCUGGCCCGCCACACGUGGGGAGCCAACAGAGCCCAGCCGGACUGCCACUGGCCGGACUGCCAGCAGCAGCCGGCGGAGGAGGGCCCCGUGUACGGCGACCCUCUCCUCCCGGCCACCUCCGGCGCCGCCACCACGCCGCCGACCAACCCGCUCACGCAGCCUGCCGUGGCCGCGUUCCCGGGGGUCGCUUCGUCCUCCUCCUCAGGCUCAGCCGCCGCGCCGCCCACGGGCGUGCCCUACUUUGGGCCGCCUGGGCCGUUCGUCGUGGGCCUCGGCCCGGCAGCUCACGCUUGACACUCAUGAAGUCAGGAAUAUGAGUGGGAAAGCGAGUGGGGUUUUGACCAUUUUUUUUUGUUAGUUUUCUGGAUUUUAGCGUCUGAAUAUGAUUUGUUUCCAUUUUUUGUAUUUCCACUUGUUUUUGACUCGUUUCGGUGUACAAUUGGGUAAAUUACUCGGAGUCUGUAUCCGUUGUUUGGUUCGAUACAGCUAGUACGUAUUAAAUUAUCACCAUACUUCCUUCA